GAAUGCUGUCUGCGUUGUUGUGGCGGUGAAUGUCGAAUGCGCCCUCAAUUUCAGACUCAGACAUCGCUUCUCGUCAAGGAAGCAAGCCAUACCAAAAGUUGGAUGAGCUUUGGUUUGAAGCCAAUAUUUGGCCGAAAGGGAAUGCAGAAAAGGCUCCGAGGUAGCUGGGCCACGAUUUCACGGCCCAGAUAAUCUACAGUGGGUCCUGCCUGGAUAAGGCCAUGGCAGCCAUGGAUGGCUUCUGUCUGUUCAACUCCGAGAUCUCACGAGCUCCAACAAGCAAAGCAAUGGAGUCCUCUCUUCUCCCUCGAUUCACCCGCACCCGCACCCACGCCGGCGCCUCCUGUUCUCUGUUCUCUCCCACCCUCCCCCGCUCCUCGCUACGCCUCCGCGCUCCCCCUCGUCACAUCUGCCUCUCCGCUUCAAGCCCCGGCGGAUCGAACACCACCGACGACGGCGAGGGCGAGCGCAGCAACGUCAGUGACAAGGAAGGCCUCGUGGCGCAGCUACGGAAGGUCGUCGACGCCUACCGCAACAGCAACAACGACCUCCGGACCUUCCUCCAGAACCUCGUCGACGCCGGCGUGGUCGACGAGUCGGACGUCUUCGGCGGCGCGGGGGACGACGACGACGACGACGACCUCCUCCGGGCGCUCAUCGACGCGGACCUCCCGGGCGGGGACGCCGACCUGGGCAUGCUGUGGAAGCUCCCGGCCGUCGCGGCGCUCUCCUUCGCCGGCGUGCCCGCGCUGCUCGGGUACCUCGGCGACGCCGCAGGCGCGCGCGUGCCCGCCUGGAUGCCGCUCGCCUACUCGCUCGCGUCGUUCCUGCUCGGGUCGCUGCUGGUCGUCGACGCCUCGGUCAGCGACGAGGAGUGGGAGGAGUGGGCCCUCCGGCGGGAGCGCGAGGGGCAACUCGCGUUCCUCGAGUCGGAGGAGGUGCUGUGGCGGGUGGCGCGGAGGGUUCCGGCCGCCGCGCUCGCGGCGUCCGCGGCGGGCGAGGCGGCGCUGCGCGCGGCGGCACAGGUGACGGGGCUGGACCUGCAGCCGCCGCUCUGGGUGGCGUUCCUGCUCUUCGGCGUCCUCCUGGGCGUGCCGUACGGGGUGUUCUCGUCGAGCUUCGAUCCAGCGGUGGAGGGCUCUUGGCUCGGGUGGGAGGAGUUCGUCAACAACAUCCGCGAUGUCGUGCUCCAAGCCGGCGAUCGCCGUGGCCGGAACAAUAAAUAGGUUUCUGAGAACUGCUCGGGCGAUCGCCGACUGCUUGGAACAGUUUCGUCACUCGUCAGAGAAUUUUCCUGAGAUUCAUACGGAGAACGAAACAAUUCAAACUCGGGACCGUAGGAUUAAGCCUUGUUUAGUU